AUGGUGAAGGAGACAGAGUAUUACGAUGUUCUUGGAGUGAGCCCAACGGCUACCGAGGCCGAGAUCAAGAAAGCUUAUUACAUGAAGGCAAGGCAGGUUCAUCCAGAUAAAAACCCAAAUGAUCCUCUUGCAGCACAGAAUUUUCAGGUUUUGGGAGAAGCUUACCAAGUCUUAAGUGACCCAGGCCAACGCCAAGCUUACGAUGCUUUUGGAAAAUCGGGGAUCUCAACCGACUCAAUUAUUGAUCCUGCAGCAAUCUUCGCUAUGCUUUUUGGUAGUGAGCUUUUUGAGGAAUAUAUUGGCCAGCUAGCCAUGGCAUCAAUGGCUUCACUAGAUAUUUUCUCAGAAGGGGAGCAGUUUGAUCCCAAAAAGCUGCAAGAGAAAAUGCGGGUUGUUCAAAGGGAAAGAGAGGAAAAACUUGCAGAAACACUGAAAAAUCGACUCAACCAAUACGUGCAAGGAAACAAAGAGGACUUUGUUAGUCAUGCUGAAGCUGAAGUUGCGAGGCUUUCCAAUGCAGCUUACGGUGUUGAUAUGUUGAAUACAAUUGGCUACAUAUAUGCCAGACAAUCAGCAAAAGAGCUAGGGAAGAAAGCAUUAUAUUUGGGAGUCCCAUUUAUUGCAGAGUGGUUUAGAAAUAAAGGGCAUUUCAUUAAAUCCCAAGUAACAGCAGCAACAGGUGCAAUUGCUUUGAUCCAGCUGCAGGAAGACAUGAAAAAGCAGCUAAGUGCAGAAGGAAAUUACACUGAGGAAGAGCUUGAAGAAUACAUGUCGUCUAACAAGAAGUUGAUGAUUGAUUCCCUGUGGAAGCUUAAUGUGGCUGAUAUUGAGGCCACUCUUUCUCGUGUUUGUCAGAUGGUUCUUCAAGACAACAAUGCCAAGAAAGAGGAACUCCGUGCACGAGCAAAGGGCUUGAAAACUCUUGGAAAAAUCUUCCAGAGAACUAAGUCAACCGGUGGGAAUGAGGGUGAAAGUGCACAAAAUAGUGGAGUUCAUAUUCUGAAUGGAAGUGAAUCGCGCUAUGAUGCUUGUUCUCCUAUAACAACACCAAAGGCCUCAAAUCCUGAAGAGCCAUCUUAUGCUGUAUUUGCAUCACAGGUGCCACAGAGCCCCUAUGUGGAAGCCCCCCAAAUUGCAGGUGCGCAGUUUGAUUAUCACUUCCCAAGGCCAACUGCACCACCUGGUGCCCAGAGACAUUCAUCCAUUGGCAGGGAUUAA